CAAAAAAAAAAAAGGGAAAGAGGUGGAAGUGCCGCCGUUGCCUACCAAGGGUGGGAAAGAAGGGAAAGGGAAGAGGCGGAGCCUGCGAGGCGGCCGUAGCCGCGGUGUCACUAAUACAAUAGGGCUCUUGUGCCGCCGCCGCCUGGCCUGUGGAAGGGAGGCAAGGGGCGACAAGGACACGGGCCCGCUGGCCGGAGGAGCGCGGAGCCGAGGGAGGCGCCAUGGUGAAGGGCGAGGAGGCCGGCUCGUAGUCGAGGCCAGCGCGGAGGACCGAGGAGGCGGGAGGAACGGAAAAGGGGCUCCGGCGCGGCUGAGGAGAUGGGCGACGCGACAUAGCGGCAGCCGCGCUCUCCGUGACGCCCGGGCCUCUCUCGCUCGCUCGCUCGCCCACGCCCGUUUGCUCCCCGUGCUGCUGCUGCUGGUGUCGCCGCCGCCGCCCGCUCCAGAGCCACAAGGAUGCGUCAGGAUGAAACGCCACAGGCAUCUAAGCAGCAGUGACAGUUCAGACAAUGAAAGUCCCUCCACUUCUUUCUCCUUUUGUUCUAAGUACAGGAGCAAAUCAAAAACUCCAGCAAAUGAGCAAAAGAAACCUGCUGAGGUGUUUCGAAAGGAUCUUAUUAGUGCCAUGAAGCUGCCGGAUUCUCAUCAUAUUAACCCAGAUGAAUAUUACCUCUUUGCGGAUACAUGGAAACAAGAAUGGGAGAAAGGUGUCCAAGUCCCAGCCAGUCCAGACACCAUUCCACAGCCUUCACUCCGAGUUGUAGCAGAAAAAGUGAAGCAAGUGCUAUAUACACGGCCUAGAAAGUACAUCCGUUGUUCAAGUCAAGAGCCCACAGAACCUGGCUAUAUCAACAUUCUGGAACUGGCAGAAUCAAUGUGUCGUUAUGACUUGGAUGACAUGGACAUCUUCUGGCUUCAGGAAGUCAAUGAGGAGCUUGCUGAAAUGGGAUGUGGGCAGCUUGAUGAGAACACGAUGGAGAAAAUGGUGGAAGUCCUGGAACGUCACUGUCAUGAGAACAUGAACCACGCCAUUGAGACAGAGGAAGGGCUCGGUAUAGAAUAUGAUGAAGAUGUAAUUUGUGAUGUGUGUCGGUCCCCUGACAGUGAAGAUGGGAAUGACAUGGUGUUUUGUGACAAAUGUAACAUCUGUGUGCAUCAGGCAUGCUAUGGUAUCCUAAAGGUUCCUGAAGGGAGCUGGUUGUGCCGUACUUGUGUUUUAGGUAUACACCCUCAGUGUCUGUUGUGUCCAAAGAGAGGCGGGGCUAUGAAAGCUACAAGAACGGGCACCAAGUGGGCCCAUGUGAGUUGUGCUCUCUGGAUUCCAGAGGUAAGCAUUGCUUGCCCAGAAAGGAUGGAACCAAUUACAAAGGUGUCCCACAUCCCACCAAGUAGAUGGGCUUUAGUUUGCAGUUUAUGCAAAUUGAAAACUGGUGCUUGUAUUCAGUGCUCUGUGAAGAGCUGCAUCACUGCCUUUCAUGUCACAUGUGCCUUUGAGCAUAGCCUAGAGAUGAAAACAAUUCUGGAUGAUGGCGAUGAAGUCAAGUUUAAGUCCUACUGUCUGAAGCAUAGCAAAACAAAACAAAACCUGAUGCCUGGUGCAGAUGACAACCUUAAGAGUAUAGUAGAACAGAAGCAUACUGAAAGUGAAAAAACCAGUUUGCGUGCUCAGAAGCUCCGGGAACUGGAGGAGGAGUUCUACUCACUAGUGAGGAUAGAUGAUGUUGCUGCAGAACUGGGCCUGCCUAAGCUCACUGUGGACUUGAUCUAUAAUUACUGGAAACUAAAACGGAAAAGUAAUUUUAAUAAACCGUUAUUUCCUCCCAAGGAGGAUGAAGAAAAUGGCUUGGUUCAGCCAAAAGAGGAUAGCAUUCAUACUCGAAUGAGGAUGUUCAUGCACUUGAGGCAGGAUCUGGAAAGGGUGAGGAAUCUUUGCUACAUGGUAAGCAGAAGAGAGAAGUUAAAACUUUCUCACAGCAAAGCACAUGAGCAAGUUUUUAAUUUGCAAGUCCAACUUAUUAAUCAGGAAAUUGCUGCAGGUCAUUCUCUUACAAAUGCACUAGAGAACACACUGUUUUAUCCACCUCCUAGAAUAACUUUGAAACUAAAGAUGCCGAAAUCAACACUGGGAGACUGCAAAAAUAAUCUGAAAUGUAGCAACAAACCCCUUUCUCUUGAUAACAAUGCCAUACUUUAUAGCAAAAAAGGUAUUCCAGUUUCUAAGGAGGCACUUGUCAAUAUGAAGUCCUACUCAAAGUUUCAGCAUGAAAACAGAAUUAAUGGCUUACUGGGAGGGAUUAUGAAGUCUAGGAAUGAAGCAAAGGAUUCUGGACCUGCACAUGCAUCAGACUUCCACCGUGGACAGUCAUCUGGCAAACCAUUAGCACUUCAAGCUGCAUUGCACGGACAGUCCUCCAUUGGGAAUGGAAAAAUACAUCAGAACUCUAAACUAGCCAAGUCAAAUGGUUUAAUGAACAGAGUUGGAGAUGUCACUCAGCGAGAUAGCUCUAGUCAAACGACAUAUGAGCAAUCUGUGCUCUCUGCCCACUUGACUAGCCAGAGCAGUUUUAGAAAAUCUACAAUAGAACAUUUUAGCAGGUCCUUCAAAGAAGCAACCAACAGUUUAGUGAGGACCACAGAAGAUCUCAGGUGCUUUGAAAAGCCCUCAAGAAGGCUUUCAAUGAGAGAGCGUUCAUGGGGCAAGCAGACUCUUGAAUAUCAGAUGGGGAGUACCCCCUACCAGGACAAUGAUGGCUAUUGCCCUGAUGUGGAACUCAGUGACUCAGAAGCUGAGAGUGAUGAAAAUAAAGGGCAGAUCAGAUUGAGGAGAAGCAGCUCAGAGAGAGAGAGCCCAAGUAAAGACUUCAAUAGAGAUUGCCACAGUAGAAAUAAAAGAAAUCUGAUUCCUCCCAGUUCAGUACAAAGGUGAUUAGAAACUCCUGCCAUUGGGAAGAGCGCAGCCUUUUGGAUGCUUAAGAAGACCGACACAACCCUGGAAAAAUGCAGGUUAAAAAACACAGUUCAAGGUCCACAAGCUAAUGACAAAGUUCAUUUUUUCCAAACUGUCAGUUGGUCUGCCCUUUGCAAAGAUUGUUAAUUGGGUCAUGGAGCUAGAAGUAAAGAUUCUUUUAUGUAUCAAUUUCAGAAAUGGUUUUAUAUCGUCUGCUUUUCAUUACAGAAUGCAAUGUGUUAAGCUUUGUACUGGUGAGCAGGCAUUUUAAAAGCCCCUUAUUCACUAUGUGGCAGUUGCAAGAAAUGGUCAGACAAUUCAUGUUCAAACUGCAGUACAAUCUCAAUUCCUGAGAACAUUAAGGCAGUGUCUUAGCUUUCAAAUGAAUUGUAGGAGUGCAAAAGUUUGUUUCAAGUUGUGGUGUUCACUGAAGUAUUUUUCUAGGAUUGGGGCAUAUGUGACUACUAGGCAGAAAUUAUGUUCUGAAGCAGAUUCGAGAUGAAGGAUGCAGUCCUAAUUUCUUGAAAGCAAGGUCCGUUUUAAUUCAGUGGGGCUUGCUUUGAAGUAAACAUGCACAAGAUCAGGGUGUAAGUACUAAUUCCUUCUGAACAGUCCAGGAAGGUUGACAGACUCCACCGCCAGUGCUGCCAAACACACUGACCUCUAGAUCCCCUUCACCAGGGUUUGCUCUUACGCUAAAGGUUGUGUUUCCCUUUGCUCUAGUGGUUUGCUUUAUUCUGUAAAUACUCCUUUACUUCUAGUAUUUUAAAACUGUUUUUAAUCCCUGUGUACAUAAUAGCUUGAUGUGGGUUGCACUUGUAAAAAGAAAUAUUUUACCCACCCAGCCAAUACAGAUGGUUGAUAUGUGCAUAAUGUUUAAUACUAAAAGUACUUAAGCUCUUUAACAUAUUUAGGCAAUCACCGGUGAUGCCAGAUUUUCUGUAGUCAACUCAGAAGGCUCUUUUUAAGAAUUUUGAUCCGAUAGCACUGUCUCCUUUCUUUCCUUUUUUUUCCUCAUCUAGCAAAUACUUCGUCAGGUUUCUGAGCCAAAAUGUUAAAAAUCAGUGUAUGUUUAGAAGGUUGCAUAUUGGUUUGCAGUUUUAAAUGGUCAAAAAUGGUGAAAUUAAAUAUUUUUAUUGCCAAACUGCUUGGGAAUCAUUUUGGCCACAUUAUUGUUUAACUAGUUUCUAAAAAGCCAAUUUCUUAUAGGUGUUAAAAAGAAGCAUAUAAUAAUAUCAUAGAUAUAACACUCUUGUUCAUUAAUGCACACCCUUGAUUUUUUUUAAAAGACCUUUAUGUCCAAAAUUGUUUCAUUAAUGGAAUAAUCGCUAUUUAAUUUUGUUAAUGAAAUCCCAUUAUGUGAAUCAAAAGUGAUUGGGGUAAACUUGAAAUUUAGUAGAUAAUUUGUAGCAAAACAAAAUAAAAAGAAAUGAAAUCCAUAUUUUCCUUGAAAGCCUUAACACUAUUGCAUCUAUGUAGAAAGAAUAAGUUCUGGAUGAAAAAUUCCUGAAAUAUAUUAAAACAUUUUGUCUAUUCUACAUACUUUGAUUUAGGCAUUUUAAAGCUUUGCAUUGUUUAUUCUUAUUUGUAUGUUUUUGCAGUUUUUGUCUUUCUCAACAGAGAUUUAUUUUCAAGACCUUUCAUGUAAAUGUGCAUUAGCCUUUUUAAAAAGUUUGUGUGUUUGUUGAAAAAUUGUUGGCCUUUUAAGUUGUGAGCCAUUCAGAAUGGUGCUGAUAAUGUUCACUUCUCUAUACAUUGGAUCUAGUUUAUAUAUAUAUAUAAACAUAUAUUUAUUAUUAACACUUCUUCCUGGUCAUGAAGUAAUGCAGCUGAACUUGGGAACAAUGACUUCAGUGGCCAGGGGAGAAAAAUACAAUCAAGUUUCAUACCCAUUUAAAAAGUGGGAAAUGGUGCUUCAGCAAGAUCACAGAGUUUUGCUAAUUUAACCGUGAUUUAUCAGUUCAGGCAAUAGUGUCUUUUUGUUCUACAUGAUUUUAAUGGGUACGUGAAGGUGCCUUUGGCUACAUAACUUUCAAGUAUCUAUUUCCAAAAGUAUAUUUGCUAGUUUUUUCAGUGUGUUCAGUGGCUAACUUUGAAGUAUUACCUCUUAACCUAAUUUGUUUUCUUGUUUUGCUUUGUAUUAAAUAUAUAUAUUCAAUUUUUCAAAAAUGGACUGUCUUUUUUUAGACGUCUGCUUUUUAC